AUGCCUGCGGUAAGUCUCGCGAUGGCCAGAGGCAACUGGGCUAGUCACACCAACGUAUCGCGAUAUCGUACUCUUUUCCCUGACAGACCGACGAUGAAGGAUCGCCUCCACUUCAAGUUGAUCCUCAAAAGAGCCCUGAACGCGAAAUGCCCGAAUUUGUGACGCUCAUCAGCUCGGUGCGUUACGAUGUGAUUCUAAGCUCUGCCCCGCUGCAGCUGAUAGUAAGCGUAUCGUACGCAACAGGAGGACGACAAGUUCAAAGUGCGCUGGGAGGCGGCUCAAGCGAGCGAGACGAUCCGCGCAGCUAUGGAAGAGGAAGGCUUUGCCGAGUCGCGCAAUGCCGAAAUGAGGUUCGGAGAGAUUCGUUCGCCCGUUUUGGCAAAGGUGGUGGAGUAUCUCAAUUGGAGAGACAAAUACAAGGAUGCAAAGGGCGAGCAGGAGGUCCCUGCAUUCCACAAAUCCAUCGAUCCCGAGUUCAGUCUUGAGCUGUAAGUACGCAGCACAGAUGCGUCGUUUCAACGAGCCCAUUUCAGUCGCCUUCGUAUGUGCUCACCUGUCCUGCCCCUUCCACUCUGCCUUGCAGCCUGAUCGCAGCAGACUUUUUGGCAAUCUGA